GCACCACAAGACUCGGCACACAGUAGACGACGAGCCAUCCGAGCAAGCGUCUUCAUUCACACGGAACACAAGCAUCCCUUCAGCCUUUUGCCCUGACAUUAGAGCGUUACUGUUGACCGACGCCGUGAUAAUGGCUUCAGUCACCGGAGCCCUCGGCUUCAGCGAUCCUCUCCCAGAUGUCCGCUUCAAGUACCACGCAAACAACACGUCCCUCGACGUGAUGAACAUCACACAACGCAAACAAACCAUCUCCGACGCAAGGGCCCUCGACCCGCCUCCCUCCCUCGACGUCGAGGGCUUCACCCUCGUGAGCCACAAGAGCGUAGUCCAAACCUUCCGCGACCAAGAUGAGAUCAGGCGCGUGCACGUCCCCGAGAUCCGCGACCUCCUCCUAGGCCUCACGGGCGCCGACGAGGUCGAGGUCCGCGGCGCGGGCGUGCUCCGCUUCGGGGAGCGGAGCAGCGACUCGGGCGCGCUGAACAACUCCCGCCCGGCACGGUUCGUGCACGUCGACAUCUCGGAUUCGACGGCGGCAGCGUGGAACGCGGGGCUGCCGGUGCCCGAGGGGAGGCGGCUCAGGCGCGCCGCGCACCUCAACGUCUGGCGCGUGCUGACCCCGCCGCCGCAGGACGUCCCGCUGGCCGUGUGUGACGCGCGGAGCCUGGCGCCGGGGGACCUGCAUCUCGCAGACGCCAUGUUCGACGACCCUGACGGCAGCGGGAGGAUCCUGCACUCGUUUGAGGGCCUUGUUGUCCGGCAGGGUGCGGGCCAGAGGUGGUGGUAUUACUCGGACAUGCGGACUGACGAGGUGCUUGUCUUCAAGACGAAUGAUACCGAGGAGGGGGUCGCGCACGCCGUUGCCCAUGGCAUAUCGUUUGGGGUACAUAUCCAGCGUUUCGGGGUGAAGUACGACGCUUAA